AUGAUUCUUACCAACAACCGCAAGACAUAUCUCACUAUCUCACUGCUGCUGGUAGUAGUGCUGUCUUCAGAUCUGGGCAGCUGGAGAGUAGCAGCUGCUGGCUACAAGUCCAGCUCUAAAAGCAGAGCCAGCAGCAGCACAGAAGAUUUGAUGUCUACAUUCUUCCAGUUUGGGGCUUCUGUCCAGCAGGAAGCCAUUGUCAUGCUCAAAGUGAUGCAGGAUUAUGACUGGCAUGUCUUUUCCCUGGUGACCAGCACAUUUCCUGGAUAUCGGGACUUUAUAAGUUUCAUCAAGACCACAGUGGAAAACAGUUUUGUGGGCUGGGACAUGCAGAAUGUGAUCACACUAGAUACUGCCAUUGGGGAUGCCAAAACCCAGAUUCAGUUGAAGAAAAUUCAUUCAUCUGUUAUCCUGCUUUACUGUUCCAAGGAUGAAGCUGUUUACAUUUUGGAUGAAGCCCGUUCCCUAGGCCUUACAGGUUAUGAUUUCUUCUGGAUAGUCCCCAGCCUGGUUAGUGGCAACACAGAAAUCACUCCCAAGGAAUUUCCUUCGGGGCUAAUUUCAGCAUCCUAUGAUGAAUGGGACUAUAGUUUAGAAUCUCGGGUGCGGGACGGUCUUGGGAUUAUCAGCACAGCUGCAUCAGCCAUGUUGGAAAAGUAUUCCUUCAUUCCAGAAGCAAAAACCAGCUGCUAUGGACAACUGGAGAAGAAUGAACGGCCAUCUCACACACUAUAUAGGUUUAUGAUGAAUGUGACCUGGGAAGGUAAAGAUUUGUCCUUCACAGAAGAUGGCUACCAGGUACAUCCAAGGCUUGUGGUGAUAGUGCUGAAUAAAGACCGGAAAUGGGAAAAGGUAGGAAAAUGGGAGAACAAGACCCUAAGCCUGAGGUAUUCUGUGUGGCCAAGAUUUAGUUCUUUCGCAGACAGUGACCCUGAUGACAACCACUUGAGUAUUGUUACCCUGGAGGAGGCUCCAUUUGUCAUAGUUGAGGAUAUGGAUCCUUUGACAGAAACUUGUGUAAAAAAUACGGUGCCAUGUCGUAAAUUUGUCAAAAUUAACAACUCAACUAAUGAAGGAACUAACAUCAAGAAAUGUUGCAAGGGAUUCUGCAUUGACAUCCUGAAGAAGUUAUCUAGAACUGUGAAGUUCACAUAUGACCUAUAUCUGGUGACCAAUGGGAAGCAUGGCAAAAAGGUCAAUAAUGUAUGGAAUGGAAUGAUUGGUGAAGUGGUCUAUCAGAGAGCAGUUAUGGCUGUCGGUUCUCUUACAAUUAAUGAAGAGCGUUCAGAAGUGGUUGACUUCUCAGUACCAUUUGUUGAGACUGGAAUAAGUGUCAUGGUGUCAAGGAGCAAUGGUACAGUUUCUCCAUCUGCAUUUCUAGAGCCUUUUAGUGCUUCUGUCUGGGUGAUGAUGUUUGUGAUGCUUCUCAUUGUGUCCGCCAUGGCUGUCUUUAUAUUUGAGUACUUUAGUCCUGUAGGAUAUAACAGGAACUUAGCGAAAGGGAAAGCUCCCCAUGGGCCAUCCUUCACCAUUGGAAAAGCAGUGUGGUUGCUCUGGGGCCUGGUGUUUAACAAUUCUGUGCCUGUGCAAAAUCCAAAAGGGACAACCAGCAAAAUCAUGGUGUCUGUUUGGGCCUUCUUUGCUGUCAUUUUCCUGGCUAGCUACACUGCCAACCUGGCUGCAUUUAUGAUUCAAGAGGAAUUCGUUGAUCAAGUGACUGGGCUUAGCGAUAAAAAGUUUCAAAGACCAUAUGAUUAUUCACCCCCCUUUCGAUUUGGAACAGUUCCAAAUGGGAGCACAGAGAGAAACAUCAGAAACAACUACCCAGAUAUGCAUCUCUAUAUGACAAAGUAUAAUCAGAAAGGUGUUGAGGAUGCCUUGGUCAGCUUGAAAACUGGGAAGUUGGAUGCUUUCAUCUAUGAUGCAGCAGUGCUGAAUUACAAGGCUGGAAGAGAUGAGGGCUGCAAACUUGUAACAAUAGGCAGUGGAUACAUCUUUGCCACUACAGGCUAUGGAAUAGCUCUCCAAAAGGGAUCACCUUGGAAAAGACAGAUUGACCUAGCACUCCUUCAGUUUGUUGGUGAUGGAGAGAUGGAAGAAUUGGAAACACUGUGGCUGACUGGUAUUUGUCAUAAUGAGAAGAAUGAAGUCAUGAGCAGCCAGCUGGAUAUUGACAACAUGGCAGGCGUAUUUUACAUGCUCGCAGCAGCCAUGGCACUCAGCCUAAUAACCUUUGUCUGGGAACAUUUGUUUUACUGGAAACUCAGAUUCUGCUUCACUGGGAUCUGCACAGAUAAGCCAGGAUUGUUGUUCUCAAUCAGUAGGGGUAUUUUUAGCUGUAUUCAUGGAGUACACAUUGAGGAAAAAAAGAAAUCGCCUGAUUUUACUUUAACCAACUCGCAGACUAACAUGCUAAAACUACUUCGAACAGCUAAAAAUAUGACCAAUAUAAAUUCUUCAAGAAUUAAUUCCCCCAAAAGAACAGAUGAUUUCAUUCAAAGGGGUUCACUAAUUAUGGACAUGGUCAUGGAUAAGGGGAAUUUGAUAUUCUCUGAAAACAGGUCCUUUCAGCCACAGGACAACCUUUUUGGUGACAAUAUGAGUGAACUACAAACAUUUGUCAGCAACCGCCACAAAGACAAUCUUAACAACUAUGUUUUCCAAGGUCAGCAUCCUCUUACACUAAAUGAAUCAAAUCCAAAUACAGUGGAGGUUGCUGUUACAGCAGAAGCAAAAGUAAACUCUCGACCCAGGCAGCUUUGGAAGAAAUCUGUGGAAUCUUUACGUCAAGAAUCUAUUCGUCAGAGCCAAGGUUCACAAAGAGAAAAUGGCUCAGAAGAAAAUAGGCAGCAUUCUGUGAAGGGCCAAAGAUACCUUCCUGAAGAGAUUGUCCAUUCGGAUGUAUCUGAGACCUCAAGCCGAGCCACUUGCCAUAUGGAACCUGAACACAAUAAUAAACACCACAAAACCAAGGACAAUGUUAAAAAAAGAUCAGUGGGGUCAAAAUACCCAAAGGACUGUAGUGAAGUGGAGCUGACAUAUCUGAAAACCAAACAAAGCACUCCUCGAGAUAAAAUUUACACAAUCGAUGCUGACAAGCAGCCAGGCCUCCAUGUGAAUCCACCCCAGUAUAUUGAAAAUAUUAUCCUUCCGGAGACUAUUGAAUUCCCUGCUGUUUACCAAGAUCACAAUGACAACUACAGGAAAGCAGAGCAUGGUAAGAGGACUCCUUUACAUAAUGAAGACAGUCUUCCAAAUAAUGACCAAUACAAACUUUAUUCAAAGCACUAUAGCUUAAAAGAUAAAAAUGCUUCCUUAGUUGAGGUGAAUGAUAAAUACAGACAGAAUUUUACUCAUUGCAGGAGCUGCCUUUCCAAUUUGCCCAGUUACACAGGUCAUUAUUCAAGCAGGUCUCCCUAUAAAUGUGAUGCUUGCUUGCGGAUGGGGAACUUAUAUGAUAUUGAUGAAGAUCAAAUACUGCAGGAAGCAGUCAAUUCUGAGCAUCCUGAAGAAAUGUAUGAACAUGACUGGGUCCAGAAUAAUGCAGACCAAUAUCAGAAAAAGAACAUGCUGAGGAUCAACAGGCAACACUCUUUUGACAACCUCCUUGAUAAGUGCAGGGAAAUAGAUAUGGGAAGACCUACUCGAAGCAUAAGCUUGAAAGAGAAAGAAAGGUUUCUAGAAGGCAGCUCUUAUGCAAAUACAUUUCAUGCCCCACCAAGCAAACUGUUCAGUAACAAGUCCUCACUUACAGCGCAAACUCUGGAGGACAGUAAGCGAAGCAAAUCAUUAUAUCCUGAUCACUCUGCAGAUAACCCUUUCCUGCACUCCUGUCAUGAUGACCAGCACUUAGUUUUUGGGCGAAGUCCUGCUGAUCUUUAUAAACAAUCACUAGCGUCAAAAGCAAGAAAUGAUAAUUAUUCAAGGUCAUCCAUAAGAUCCACAGCAUCAUACAGUUCCAGAGAUGGCCGGAUCCAUAAUGAUAUGUACCUUUCAGAGCAUGUUAUGCCUUAUGUUGCAAAUAAGAAUAGCGUGUACUCAACUCCAAGAGUUUUAAAUUCCUGCAGCAAUAGACGUGUGUAUAAGAAAAUGCCUAGUAUUGAAUCAGAUGUUUAAAUUUUCCAUUUACAGUUUAUCUAUAGGGAAUCAUAGUUGCCACCAUCUUAGAGGCAAAGAGUCUAUUCUUAAACAGUACUAUGCUAAAUGAUUAUAUGCAAAACACUCAGUGUAUCCUCAGUACUCUAAUAGGUUUAUGACAUCUUUUUGUGUGUGUCCAGAGCUUGCUGAAAUGUGGGGGGAAGCCAUUUAUAUAAAUGGAAGCUGAAUUGAGAAGCCCCAAAGAACACAGGCACUGACUUUUAUUUUUCCCAGUGGGUACUCCACCUGCACUCCAUCUUCCCCUGAGUGCUUGUCGGUGACCCCACCCAAUAGCUGAUUUAUGGGUGCUGAGCUUCCCCUAUUUUUUUCCCCAGGGUGCCUGAGUACACCCAUGAGCUGUGUCAAGACUGGCAAGAUUUUCCGCAAAAUCUUCUGAUUUUGUGGAAAAACUUGCCAGCUGUCU